AUGUCUCCUCCCGCGUUUUCGGCCUCCUCUUCGUCCUCUUCCUCCAAAAACUUAUGGCCCAGCAAACUCGCCCUCGCCAGCCCCAACCCGACGCAGCUUGAGGGUGGACGCCAGCUCGAAGGCGCACCCAUGUGCCCUUGCAACGACUGCUGGGAGUACGGCUCCCACAGGCUCGCGCCGCCCAGGGCCCCCAAGGCUCCAAAGGCUCCCAAACCAUCCGCAGCCUCGUCGUCGAAGGACAAGAAGUCACCUCUGCAUUUCAUCAAGAAGACCAACACCAGCAAGGAGAGUGUGGCCUCGGACAUGCACCCGCUGAAGCAAUCCGUCACGCUGGCCUCGGCAGCCAGCUCUGUCUACGGCGACAAGUACUAA